AUGGCCAUUGAGGAGGAUGAUAUUCGAGACCGCGAAAUUUGGACAAUGGUUUGGACGUAUUGGUACAGCAAGGCCAUAGAUGAAGACCAAGCAUGCGAGGCUGCAUCAUCAUCUGGCGAUUCUAGCACGGCCAAACUCUUUGCGGCGUGCGCACCCACGAACCGAAAAUGGCCAGGACAAAAAUGUUUCCGGUGUAUACACCUCGGUCGGGAUUGCUCUGAUAAUGUUCGUGCCGCCGGGGAUAGCACUAAUGCGGUCCCAACCGAAUCGACGCCGACGAAACAGUCUGAGAAGAGCGACGACACCCUAGUUGAGGAGCGGCCGGAGGAUCUCGAGGACUGGGAAACAUUCCGAGCCUUGUCCGCUCACAGCUCUUGGAUCACGCACAUUGAACGAGUCUGCGCCAGUGUUCAGACAAGCGAAGCAAUAUACACCGUGCGUCUGGGAAGAAUCAGCAACGAGCCAGACCUCGCUGAAAUCAAAGCCAUUGUUUCCAAGGAACGCGAGGCCGUCCGAGAUGCUGCCAGGCAGGCUAUGCGGACGCCAACCUUUAAUCCAAUGGCCAAGUAUGCAUUGGCAUCCGUGUUGAAGUCAUGCUCGCUCCGGUCGUAUGAAGGCUGGACCAACAAACCAGGAGUGGAUUGUUUUGACUCGCAAGAGGACAUAUCUGCCCUGGUACAAGAUCUUGAGCAAUCUGGCGACAUCGGGUAUGCCAUCUCCGUGCAAGAAUCAUACCUGAAUGGCCUCGGUGUCGGUACCCCGGAGGAUGUGUGGAAAGCGGAACUGAAGCGAUAUUACGACUUGUAUCAGCGGAUUCAACACUUUCGAUCAGCAUUCAAGCACAGCGUUGUUGAGCAAAGCCGCCUACCAUCCCGGGCUCUCAACGACUGCCUCCCGUUUCUGGAAUCAACGUCGGUGCGACAAGCUGCCAUCAAGUAUCUUCCAUGUACGACCGCCAGGGAUGUAUUUGGGAGAAAUCUUCUUCAUAUUGCGCUAUACAGCGGAUAUAGCUCUGGGGUUGAUGAACUUAUUGGUCGUCUCUCGAAACCAGAACUCAAUGCAAAGGACUUCUUCGGCCGAACUCCGCUGCAUAUUGCCGCAACCUUCGGAUUGGACUAUGUUGUUCACUGGUUGCUGGAAGCUGGCGUCAAUCUCAGCCCUCGUGAAAGCUCCCGCAACCUGACGCCCCUUCAAUGCGCUGCUGCUGCUGGACAUGAAGGAACUGUGGCUGCCAUUCUCGGUCGUCUACUUUUGUCAGGGACAGGCAAACGGGAUACAGAGUUACAGGCAGCUUGUGCCUUUGCAUCGAGAAAUAGACAUUACCCCAUUGUUCGAAAAUUGCUCCCGCACCUGACCAGAGGCGAACAAGCUGCCCUGAGGCAAGCACUGGCAUCCGCAUCAGUCUCGCAGGCGUCAACCAGGAGGAACACAGUACCCGUUGACAUAGGCACGGGAAGCGGAUAUGACUUCAUACCAGAACUGGCGCGAAGGUGGGCAUCGGGAGGCGCUGGAUGA